AACAAAUGAUACCAAAAUUUAGCUGAAGCUUCAUUACCUUUUAAUAAUAGCAAUUAGCAAAGAAUAUACUCGUUCUUCAUCAUCAAAAUCUUCUGGGUUAAAGCUUUUUUUGGAGAUUUUCUUGCUGGAAAGUAAAAUCAGAUGGGCAAGUCAUUCUCACUGUGGAGGCGCCUGACUAAUUGAGUUUAUGAUCCUGACAUUGAAUCUGGGGGAUCUACAUCAUAUGGAAGCAAACUGAAAAGUUAUCUGUCACAACGUGAAGAACAACAUAAGCUGAUAGAAAUGCAAGAACAGGAUUUCCAAUCAUGCUUGAAGGUGAAGAAGGACAUUGUGUCGAUGGAGAUGGAAAUAGAGACGCUACAGCAGGAGAUACAGGUGUCGACAGGGCAGGAGAAGCUGGAGAAGGAACGGAGGCAGAAGGAUCUGCAGCAAAGCAAGCUGCGUAUGCAUGAACGGCUGCAGCAGCAGAUCCAGUUAGCCCAGCCGCAGCUGCAGAUCUGGUUGGACCAGCAGCAAUCUGAGACAUCUUAAGAGCAACAUCAUACACUUCAACGCUUUUCCUACAUGCCCGAUUCAGACAAUCCUAUUCCAGAUCCACCCACUGAUCCUGUGGUUGAUCCGCAAAGUCAACAGGGGAUUGUGUUAUGCCACACUCAACAGCUGAAUUCAAUGAGUGUUUCUCUGUCUAAUAAAUUUUUUGGGAUCCUCUACCAGAUUAAAGGCUGGAUGUGUUGCUGCAAUAUGAUGGUAGUUAAGAAGGUUGUGAACCAAGGAUACAAAUGGGUGAAAAGAAUCGUUAGCAACCUUGUAGGCUGGAUAUCUAGGGUUGUGUGCUGUUGUGGUGUCGUUGUGAGAGGGAGGAUAACAGAUAAAAAGGUGGAUUUGGGCACAGUUGUGACUGGUUCAAUUGCAUUCCUCGUGUAUGAGAAUCUGGUUUAUUCCCUGGUUUGGAACGUUCUAACCAAGCACACCCAAUUAGGGGCUCUCGUCCAAAAGAGCUGGCAAAUUCAUAUGGCUGUUGGAUUCGGUACCUUACUUUCUACUGGUCUUUUUGGGUUUUUUACAGCGCAAUGGACGAUAAGGUGGAUCCUGAAACUCAUCGGGCAAUAUGCUGAAGAAGCUGCUCAGGGUGGUAAUGUUAAAGAUGAUUAUCCUGAUUCAAGAAAUGAAGAUAAGACUACUUGCUGCAUAUAAGUCCUAGUGAAUACUGAUAGUACGUAUAAAAAACUCUUUUGUGAAGCUGCUUAGGGUGGUGAAUUUGCUGAUUCAUGUGAUAGCUUGCUGCAGUUUACAUAUGGAUUUUAUGUUGUGUAAGGAUUUAAAGACUUCCGUUUUGUUAUAAUUUUCCAAUAUUAUAUUGCAAUUUACAAUGUGAAAUUUUUUUUUUUGUUGCUCUAGUAAGAU